AUCUUUAACAGGCUGUAACUAUCUUACCCCAGAUGUUACUGUCAGAUCCAGGCUAAAUGGGCAGACACUUAGCCUUAGUCUGCAUAAAACUAGGAGGGAUCUAUAGGGCCCAUCUCAAACAGGGAGAGAGAGAGAGAGAGAGAGAGAGAGAGAGAGAGAGAGAGAGAGAGAGAGAGAGAGAGAGAGAGAGAGGGCUGUUGUCUCCCCGGCGGACUGAAGCGGCUGCAGAGACGUGAUCGAGCUAUGUUGGGUGUCCUCACACUUCUGUCCCUGAGCUCCCUGGUGGCCCCGGGGCCCCCAAAAGGCCGUCUUGUCCUCUGCAGGCACUGCUGUGAUGACCUGGAGCCAGCAGAGGGCAGCGGAGCCCCGCCUCCUCCAGCAGGGUUCAACCUUGUGCCAGAGGUCCACACCUACAUCAACAUGACCAUCCUCAAAGGUGACAAAGGUGAACGUGGCGACAGAGGAACUCCAGGUAAAGCUGGACAAGAAGGCCCUUCAGGCUCCAGAGGUCUCACAGGCUCAAAGGGCUCCAAGGGCCAGGCAGGUCACCCGGGAGACCCCUGCAAAGUCCAGUACUCUGCCUUCUCCGUGGGACGUCGCAAAUCCCUCCACAGCCUGGAGUCCUACCAGGCGCUCGUGUUCGACACCGUCUUCGUCAACCUCGACGACCACUUCAACAUGUUCGAUGGGAAAUUCCUCUGCCGAGUCCCGGGGAUCUACUUCUUCAACGUCAACAUCCACACGUGGAACUUCAAAGAGACGUAUCUGCACAUCAUGCACAACGACACCGAGCAGGCCAUCGUGUACGCCCAGCCCGGCGACCGCUCCAUCAUGCAGAGCCAGAGCCUGAUGCUGCAGCUGGAGCCGAAGGACGAGGUGUGGAUCCGUCUGUACAAGAGGGAGAGAGAGAACGCCAUUUACAGUGACGAUGUGGACCUCUACAUCACUUUCAAUGGAUACCUCAUCAAAGGAAGCCAAGAGGGGAACUGACGAGAGAGGGACGGCCAGGCCGAGGAUGAGACUGUGGAGCUGUGGGGAACUGGCAUGGCAGCAGAAUGCGCUUCAAUGUCAAAUUGUUUCUAUAUUUAGAUUUUUUUUUAAAGCGCUUCAGCUUGCUCCAAUAAGCUCCAAUAAGCAAUACCUCUUUGAGAAAACGUGAAGAAACAAACUGAAGACAAUCGUCCAACCAGGUAGAAAAUGGAACAGUUCAACAUUUUGGAUUUAUAUUUGUUUCUUUUCUUGCCGAGAGUUAGACGAGGAGAUUGAUACCACUCACAUCUCUUGGUAACCAGCUUAGCUCAGCAUAGCAAGUAUUAUUUUGAUUGAUUAAACUCACUGAGCAUUGAAAUUAUUGAUUUUAAUACAAGUUAAGACAUGGUUUGUCGUGCAUAAUUUGCAAUAUGUUUACUAUGACAGAAUGUCCAGAAUAUUCAUUAUUCUCGGUAAUGAAGAAACUAAGAAGCGGUUUAUGUAAUCGGCUAUGGUCAGAAAACUUCCCUUCGUGAGUUAAUAAUGUGGACUGUUGCUGAGUUUGGUGUGCGGUGCUAAAACAUGGUGCUAACUGUCCCAGAAAUAUGUAUUGGAUUAAUUUGGACUUCUUUUUUAUUGACUGAACUAUGUUGUGCUUUUAAAGUCUCCCUCCCUUUUUAUUAUAGUAUGAUGUGAAUGAAGAUAAACUGGAGGCCCAACUGCAACAUAAAGCAGUAAUGGGUACUCUGACAAGUCAAAGGUUAAUUAUAUUAAACUGACAAAUACCUGCAAUUAAUACAUUUAUUAUUAACGUUGGUACUAACAUGACUACUAUAAAAGCAUUAAUGCAGCUUUUCCAAUUGUAUAAUACUCCUAAUAAUUACACUAAUGUGCUCUGUUUGUACAUGGUUUUAAUAAUAAUGUUCAUAUCGAUAUUAACAAUGUGUAUUAUCCACAAAUUGAAUGCAGUUCCUCCCUUUGACCACUGAAGGGAUAGUUUGAAGUGCUCUCAUGUCAACCCCACAUUGAGUAAAAACUUUCAAAUAAAUAAAACAGGCAAAACGG